AUGGAAGAGGUGAUGGACGGCUGUCCGUUUUCGUCCCCCUUGGGCGGCUUCUUCUACGCCAGCUCGCCCUUCGCCUCUUCCCCCGAGGAGAAAGAAGAGGAUCUCGCCCAGAGGACGGCCUCAGCCUCCUUCAGAGACCCUCCGGCGGAGCCUCCCGGGAGCUCGGACGGCGAGGAACACGUCCGUGCCCCGACGGGCCACUCGCAGGCCGGCCCCUGCCUGCUCUGGGCUUGCAAAGCCUGCAAGAAGAAGGCGAGCCCGGGUGACCGGCGCAAGGCGGCCACCCUGCGGGAAAGGCGGCGGCUGAAGAAGGUCAACCAGGCUUUCGAGGCGCUCAAGCGCUGCACCUCGUCCAAUGCCGGCCAGCGGCUACCCAAAGUGGACAUCCUGCGCAACGCCAUCAGCUACAUCGAGAGCCUGCAGGAGCUGCUGAGGGAGCAGGUCCAGCAUUUCUACGGGCUGCCGGCGCCCGGCUGCUCCGAGCCUCCCAGUCCCAACUCCAGCUGCUCCGACGGCCUGACUGAAUGCAGCAGUCCCUUGUGGUCCAGAAGGAACAGCACUUAUAGCAAGAGUUACUGCUCUGAUCUCCAAAAUGCCUACCCCUCAGAAGCAAGCGCUACCCUCUCCAGCCUGGACUGCUUAUCCAACAUAGUGGAUAGAAUCUCUUCUUCUGAUCAGGAAGAGCUCUUCCCUCAGGACGCUGCUCCCUUUUCUCCUAUUGCCAGCCCUGAAUCCCAGCCAGCCUCUCCUGAGGCCCCUCAUUCCAACCUCAUCUAUCAUGUACUUUGAACUGCCUGAGAUGUGACACCAGCCGGGCCAAUGAUUGGGUGCUUCUGAGAAUUCCCAGCAUCAACAAAGACAUGCUCUGUUGAAAUAUGAAGCUCUUGGAAUUCUGGUGGACCAAAAAUAUGCAUACAAAGAAAAAAAAGUCACUUUAUUUUGUCCUAGCUUCCCUUUUUAGAAAGCAAAUGACAUAUUUAAUCAAGCUACUUUUUAAUACUAUGUACUCUAAUUAUAUGCUGACCUUUAAAUUGUAUGACAUCACUAUCUUAUCAUAAAGAAUAGAAGCCAAAUGUGUGGAUGUAGAUCCACGUUUUGAAUUGCUAUAAGAAAAUACAGGAUUAGUUAAA